AUGCGAAGGGACCAUGAGGCAUCUCUGGGAGGCUUCAAGAGUAAAGCAUUUCAGUAUAAUAUACGAGAUGCACAAAAUAGCCUGAAUACCAUUGGAGUAUUUCCUGAGCUGAAGUUUGCAAUAGAUAUUCAACGAUGUGGAACUCUGGAAUAUGACAAUGCUCCACGAAGAGAGACUUCUGUGCCUCUGCAUGAAGAUUAUAACAGGCAAUUGUAUCAACAAGAUUUCUCUUUUUGGCCUACCUUCCAUCCCGAGUUUCAAAAGGUUGAACAAAACCAGUGGACUACUGUUGAGAACCAAUUUUACCCCGUGCCCCAGGGAUACCCAUGUCCUAUAGAAAGCAGAGUUCAAUAUUUGCCAUUCAGAACGUAUUUUCCAGGUUAUCCACAAGCGUUCCACGCCCAAGAAUUUCAAUAUUUUGUGGUGGUCGACUUUGAAGCAACUUGUGACAAGGAAAAGAAUCCUCACCCGCAAGAGAUAAUCGAGUUCCCUUCUGUGCUGGUAAAUAGCAUGACUGGGCAAUUAGAAGCAUCUUUUCAAACAUAUGUCCGGCCAGCAUAUCAUCAAAAUUUGACUGAUUUUUGCAAGGAGCUUACUGGCAUUCAGCAAAUUCAGGUAUAAUGGAUCAUUUUUCCUGCUGCCACUAUUGUUGUGAAUGACUGUUGUUUGUAGUUCCUAUACCAGAACCUGGUACAGAGAUCUGGUACAUGGUUUUCUCAGCAUCGCAACCUAUUUUGAUGAUAUUCAUCUCUCAAUUCUCGUGUCUUUAUUUUUGAACCGUUCUUAAUCUAUCCAUUAUUUUUUCUGGACUAAAUCAUUGUGUCCUUAAGGUAUCUCAUAGCCUCGAACCAAUUGAAAAACUAUUCUCCAGUUCUUCACAAUAUAUCCUGUAAUUUACUUCAAUGUAUAACAGCGUCUGCAAAGCAAAGAUUUACCUUGACUAGUAGUCCAAAGAAAUGGAGAGAGGCUAUGCUAUUGAUUGUAUACUCUUUGCGAGGACUAAGAACAGAAAGGAUAUUAUUCUCCAAUUAUUUGUACUUAUUUAGCCUCUUGUUUGGUGAGUAGAGAAGCUUUCCAAGGGAUUGUUAUUCUGUUUUCUUAUUUUGUUGUUUGCUACAAUAUUGCUUUGUUUAAAUUUUGACCGUCCAAACAUGACUUUCUUUGACCUGUUAGAAAAUCCUAUUUGAGAAUAUCUGUCAUCUCCCGGUUGAGAUGUUUGGAUGCUAUUGGUAAAUUAUGGGUAUGAAUUUUCUUUUCAUCGACAAUUGUUAUCAAUGUAUUUCUUAAAACACAUUUUAAAUAUCUUCUUAAAAGCUGCUUAUUCUCUGUUAGAAUUGCUAAUCAGAUCUCUACCUAGAAACUCGAUGUUAAUUUGCACGUGUGUUCGACACUGAUAUUUUCUAAAAUGUGAUAAAAAGAAACUGCAUACACGGGGUAAAAUAUAAUCAACCGAAUCGUGUAUGUCACUGUGAGAAAAGAUGGUUAUCAUUUUCUUUAGUGAAAGCUUAAUCGUGCACUUGACAUUUCCUCAAGCUGGAUUUGUUUUUUACAUUUUGGAAUUUGCAUAAAAAUAUAUGCCCACAGCUAGAUAAGUCAUGUGUCAACAGAUUGAUAUGCUUAUUCAAAGGUAUGACAGUGUUCAACUCACUCACUCUUAAUAUGCUAGUUUUGUUCCUACGUUGAGCUGUUGUGUCAGAUUCGUGAAUUCAAAAGCAUCAGCGUUCAGGAAAGUGUCGCAUAGUAUUUUUUUCGUUUUAGGAGUUGACAGAACGAACUAGGAGUGAAGCUUCGUCUCUUUUUUCUUAGAAAAUGCUGGAACUUCGUCCAAUAAAAAUAAGAGGGAUGUACAGUAUUUGCUUGGUCUCUGGGGAUUUGCCAAAUCUAUUUUUGCAAUAAAUGGAGGAUAACUUUUCUUGGCAUCCCUGGUUCUCUGCUAAUCUUCUUUCAAUCUGGAUUUACCGAAAUCCUACUUUUACUGAUUAUGAGCACAUAAAAAAAAUGAUUUUAUUCUUUGUGAAAGAAUUCAGUGAAAUCUUAUUUUGUUGGAUUAAUAGAAUAGCAAAAAAGUGUUCAUAUCCUGGCUGAUAAAUUAUUUGGAUUUUUACAUCUCCCUUUGUCCUGUUUCGCAAUUGGAAAUCUGUUCAAUGAUUGCUACCACGCAGAGCCAUAGACGAAGAUGCAGUUUGAUGGUGGAUUGGGUUUUCUAUUUUAGGAUGAUUAAAUCAUAUGGCUGACCCUUUGAGCCAAGGGUUAUUGUGUUUUCAUGAGUUAAACGGUUUUUUGGUCAUCUUCUAUUCGUGCACAAAGCAAAAUUGGAAUGAUUGAUCCAUGGGCAUGGAAGAACGAGUAAUUUCCCCCUGUAUUGUCCUCUUCAUUAAGGGCCCAUUGUCAUUAAAUGUAAAAGUUAAUCCUUAAUGCAAUUCAUCACGUGCAUAAAGAGAAUAGUCCCCAAAUCUAAACCUGACUGCAAGUCUGAAAUGCAAAGUUAGUCAGUCACUAAAGCAGUAUUUGAGAAUAUCCAAUCUCAAACAGGGUGUACUUGCAGAUUUCCUUAGAAAAAGAGAGAGUUGGUUGUAGAUUGCUGCUAGUGCUUGCAGAUUGCUGCAAUGAAGACGCCGGAGGCUUAGUCCUGAAUUCGAGGAUUCUUGGCAUGACAGUAGCUUCUGUUCUCAGUGUGCUGGACAUAAGCCUAGUGUCUAUGGAUGUGGGUGUAGUCGUUGGAAUGGUAAACUGGCCCAGGUUGUGUUUAGCAAGUGGAAUCUGACAAAAAUACGAAUAUUUCACUUUCUGUCGCUGGACGUGGAUGGUGAAAAUGCCUAUAGCCGUGGGGUUAUAGGUUUUGGGUUUUCAUGUCUAAUUGAGGACAGAAAUGAGAGCUAGUUUCCUUUCUCAUGUCACCACGCAUUGGGAAUUUUAUUCAUCGGCGCUCUUACGUGCCAGAUCUUUCAUAACAGUUGUCUCUGAUGGUUCUGGAAGAAAUUGAUUUAUUCUAAACAAGGCAAGUUACCUCAUUCUCCCUUGGGCAUGCAAUUUCUGAUCUGUUUUGAAGAGAUAAAGGGCGUUGACAGGGAUUCUUGUUAAAACCUUACGGAUCGGUAGUUGAUGAAAUGCUCAUUCGAGUUCUAGUAUGGAUCUCUCAGAUCCUGCUUCAUCAAACUUACGCAUCAACCUUCCUGUAAGAUAUGAAGCCGGGGCCUGACUGCAUGCUGCAGAGCCUCUUUUACAUACUGCAAUUUCUUAUAGGGUCAAUGUUCAAUCAUUUGAUUCAGAUAUUAAUCAUUGUUGUACUAUCUCUAGGGAAUCAAAUACUUGUGUAAGUACACUUAUUUAGAUCUGUAUGUGUGGAGAUACAUCCGUUGAUGUACUACAUUGUGACUCUAACAUGACCGCCCUGAGUUGUUGCCGCUAUGUAAACAUUAGUGUAUUUCUUAGAAUUGGGCAUCAUCAGCAUGCUGGGUUUACGGUCUAGGGCUACUUCUCUGCAGAUACAUCAAGUUUAUAUUUGUUAGUGGCUACUUGUCUGCAUAUAACAUCAAGUCGCUACCUACCAUCAUACGUUUAAAUUUGCACCGUUCCAUUAAAAGCUGGUUAUGCAGUGCUCUCCGUAUGCACUGUGCAUGUCAACGUGUAUCCGUGCUUUAUUAAGCUUGAGAGUCCUAAGUAAGAAUGUCUUUAAGUGUUUUUGAAGUUUUCAUAUGGAAGAUUCGUGGAAUUAGUUCCAUCAGGCGAGCAGAUUCGUGUGCAUCCUUCUCCUCAAUUUGAGCAGUAAGAAUGUCUGAGGACUCCCAAGUGGGAACAUGUAUAUUCCUCUCAAUUGUAUUUGCCUCUCAAUGACGAGUUUGGAGAGAUUUUUUUUCAUCCCUCGCACAAUGCUAAGUGAAAUCAAGAAGAGCAUUCUCCCUGCGAGUCGCCAUUGAAUCCGAGGACAAGAAAGUCAUGUCCAAAAUGGAAUUUUUAGUCAUUCGUGGACUUGUAAUGGUUGAAGUUGAAAUGAUAAUCUUUUUCAUAAGAAUGUAAAAAUGAUCGAGAGUGCCAGAGAAAUUCUUGCAUAAACUCGAUAACCUUAAGAUCCAAAAUUGUCUCUUUUGGAGAAGUCAGUUAAAUUUUUGUUUGGGCUGUGUGAAUGCAGGAUACAAAAUAACAUUUUGAACGAAGAACAAAAAUGGACGAAAACGACUGGUUUCCAGGUUAUUUUACAGAAGGAAAAGAAUAUGUCAAAUCAUGUCCAUUCUAUGAAGAACUCUAAAUAUGCUAUGCUACUUCUAGGAUGAAGGAUGGUUGAUUUCUAUGCAUUGUAGCUCAUUGGAAAUAGUUGUGUUAAAUGGGUUUUUUUUAUUCGUAACUAUAUGCCUGGAAGAAUUUUUUUGCAACUACGCAGAUAUAUGGAGGAUUCAACUGGUUAGGAUCCACUAAAACCAGAGUAAAAGAUUGAGUAGGAAACUUGAUCAUCUAUUGUUUGGAGGCACUCCCAAAUGUUCCAGUGGCUUCCAUCUAUGCUUAUAUUGGAUUUGCCUAGUGCCUCUCCUCUUUAUGAAGCUUCUUCUCACAGUAGAGCCCUCAGGAUGUGUUGAUCAUGAGAAGAGGGGAUCUUAACAUCUGCGACGUUGUUGUCGAGAUUAUCAAACCCCGUCAGUGUUGAAAGCCCUGCCCGUAUAAACAAACCAAGCAUAAGAUGUUUAUUUUUUUUCGUAUUCUAGUUUUUGGUAGUCAACGUAAUAUGCUGCUGUUGUGAAAUGUUGAUUUUUUUUCUUAUUUUAUUUCUUGCUGGUUGCUUUCAUUCACGCUCUUCGUGAGAACAAUGGAAGAUCUUGGGAUGCCACCACCUUGGUGGACGGACAGCUAGAACGGAUUCCUGAAGGGAUGAUGUGGAGGGGGGAGAUCAAUUUACUCACCCAAGCUGUCUUCUUUCUCUCCCAGGUGGACCGCGGUGUUCCUCUGGGUGAAGCUCUGUUCAUGCACGAUAGGUGGCUGGAAGACAAGGGAAUCAAGAACACAAAUUUCGCCAUCGUGACGUGGUCUAGCUGGGACUGCCGCGUGAUGCUGGAGUCCGAGUGCAGGUACAAGAGGAUCAGGAAGCCCCCCUACUUCAACCGGUGAGUCCACCCUCCUCAGCCCAAUCUCGUCGGCUUUGCCUCUGCAACGGCGGGUGGCGUCACUCACCCCAUUCCUUCUUCAGGUGGAUCAACUUGAAGGUCCCCUUCCAGGAGGUCUUCGGCGGGGUCCGCUGCAACCUCAAGGAGGCGGUGCAGCUGGCAGGGCUCGUGUGGGAGGGCCGCGCGCACUGCGGCCUAGACGACGCGCGCAACACGGCACGCCUCCUCUCGCUGCUCAUGCGCCGGGGCUUCAGGCUCUCCAUCACGGACUCGCUCAUGUGGCACGCCGGUGAGCGCCCCCCGGCGCGCCAGCAGCAACCGGAGCGAGCGGCCAACAGCAGCCCAUUGCCGCCGGCGCCCACGCCGCCGCCGCAGCGGCUGAAGCAGCUGCUGGCGCAGGCCACACCGUUCCAUCCCUGCCAGGAGUCCAGGGAGGCGUCGAUGCGCUGCUUCUGCGGGGUGAUGAGCUGCAAGCGCAUGGUCCGGAAGCCGGGGCCCAAGCACGGGAGAUUCUUCUUCGGAUGCGGCAACUGGACGACCACUAGAGGCGCCGUCUGCCCCUACUUCGAGUGGGCAUCCUCCUGA